CAGUGGGGCAGAGGGAGGGAGGUGGUGAAAUAUGGCGAACGGGGGGACGAGGCUCUAGGGCUUUGACGGUUAGGCGUCAAGACUGGCUCAGGCCUGGGAGGAAAACCAGAGGCGGUUGAGGAGAGGCGAAGUCCAGGUGGGAGAUGGAGUGGAAACUGGAGCGCACCGCCCCGCGGAGGGUCCCCACCGAGGAGGAGAUGCUGUGGGGGAGUAUCAUGCGGGUGCUCGCCGAAGACAUGAAGCAGAAGAGGAGUCAAGGUUCCCCCAAGGUAUUUGAUUCAGUUAAUACUACAUAUUCCAACUUUAAGAGCAACUUUGUGGAGCGGCUGUCAGCUGAGGAGCCUGUUGCCAGUAGCCCAAUUUCCACAGGAUGGCGGCAAAGUCAAACCAGGGAUUUGUCAGCCUGUUCCUUUGGAGAAGAACAUUCCGUCGUGGACCUCCCAGAAUCUUCUGAAUCAGUGCUGAAGAAAACGCCUCAGAAAGAGACCUUGACUCUAGGAUCCUUCAAAGAACCACUGAAGACCCCCGUCAAAGGAAGUUCUGAAACAAAUAACUCUGUUCUCCAUUUUUGCAAGACAACUCAUGCAAUGGAUAGAGGCUGGAAGGAAAAUGUUGCCUCAAAACGCCAGAAAUGCCAAAACCAGCUAUUUGCAACCCAGAAGGUGGUUCAGCAGCUUAAUGGAAAAAUGCAGCUCUGUGCGCAAUCCCAGUGUGUUUGGAAAGGCUGCAGAGAUGGAGUCAGAGAUGAAUCCUUCUAUCUUAAAAGGUUCAGUGAUGUAAAGUCUUCCAUGAUCCAACCAGAGGUGAAGAUUCAUCUUACUGGUCUUCGAAAUGACUACUAUCUGAAUAUUCUAGACUGGAGCUUUCAGAAUCUUGUUGCUAUAGCCCUUGGAUCUGCUGUAUCCAUCUGGAAUGGGGAGAACCACAAGAGGACUGAAAUCAUAGACUUGAGUCUCACUUGUAAUUAUAUAUCUUCUGUGUCCUGGAUAAAACAGGGAACUUGCCUGGCAGUUGGCACCAGCGAGGGAGAAGUGCAAUUAUGGGAUGUGGUAACUAAAAAGCGGCUGAGAAAUAUGCUUGGUCAUCUGUCAGUAGUUGGGGCUCUGAGCUGGAAUCACUGUAUCCUCAGCAGCGGGUCAAGGCUGGGGCGUGUCUAUCAUCACGAUGUUCGGGUCGCCCAGCAUCGUGUUGGAACUUUUUGCCACAAGCAAGCUGUGUGUUCUCUGAAGUGGUCACCAAAUGGCAGGCUGCUCUCCAGUGGCUGUAGUGACGGACUGCUGACAGUGUGGGCCCACGAUCCAGGUGCCGGUGCACAGGGCCAACCACUGACAGUCAUACCCCAAUCUACAUCAGUCAAGGCCAUGGAUUGGUGUCCCUGGAAGUCUGCAGUCCUUGCUGUUGGAGGAGGAAUGAAGGAUGGAUGCUUACGCAUCUUGGAUUUAAAAACUGGGAGGAGCAUCCGGACCCCAAGCACAAACUCACAGAUUUGUUCCUUAAUCUGGCUACCUAAGACAAAGGAGAUUGCAACUGGCCAAGGUACUCCUACGAAUGACGUGACUCUGUGGACCGGUCCCACUCUGUCCAGGUCAGGUGGGUUUUUUGGCCACAGAGGCAGAGUGCUGCACCUGGCUUCGAGUCCGGACCAGACCCGGGUGUUUUCUGCUGCAGCUGAUGGGACAGCCUCUGUAUGGAAGUGCUAGUAGUCACCCAGCCCUGCUGAGUUUGUUUCCUCAUUUCUAAGUGAAGAUAAUGACGUUGGUGUGUCUUCUCCAUGGGGUUGUCAUGAGCAUUGAGCACAAUGAAGUGCCCUUCCUGACGUGAAUGCAACUUCUCAUCUUCUUGCUAGGUUACUUUGUUCCCUCCACUUCCUCCCAUUGUGUUUCCCAGAGACUGCCUUUGACUUCUGAUCUCUCUGCUCUCCUCCUCCUCCUCUUCUUCCUCCUCCUCUUCUCUUUCAAGACUCAUCUUCAUGACUUGAUAUUCAGAUAAUAUCUAUAGCAAAGGUUUCUACUUUUCUCCCACCUGACUUUUCUCCCAAACUCCAGCCUCAUAUUUCUGACUGCCUCUGGAUAUUUCCUUUUUCAGAUCCUUUCCUGGCUUUAGCUCAAUCUCAAUACCUUGAAAACACAGCUCAUUCACUCAAAAAACAUUUGUUAAAUUCCUACUGUCACUCAGGGAGCCUCCUGAUUACUCUGUUCCAUGCUGCCCCGGUACACCCCAGGCUCUCUUUUCUUUUGUUUCUCCUAGUCAUGUCCUGAGUACCUGAUGGCCCAUCUGUUGUAACUGCCUCCUAACUGGUCCUCCUGUCUUUAAUCUUUGGUCUCCAUAGCACCACUGGGUUAAGCCUCUAAAAGCAUCGUGCCGAACCCCUCAGUGCCCUGCUGGUAAACUCAGUGACACCCUGUUACCUAAACCCUUUGGCCUCCAUCUCUGGAGUCCUGAGCCCAGGAUCUGGAUUUUGGGGACCUGUUCUUGCCUUGGUUCUGCCAUAAACAGGCUGUGUAACCUUGGAUGUGUCGCAACAUCUGCCAGAAUAGGAAUUUGGAUUUGAUCACUGCUAAGGUUCCAUCAGGCUUGAUCAGUCCACUGCUCUGUCUUGUUAAUGUUAAUCCCCAUUCAUCUCCUACAUUAACCUUUGGCUAAGUCUGGUGAUUUCUUGCCUUGAUAACCUUUCUUGGAGCUUUUCUUCUAAUCUGGAAUUCUUGCUCCUCUCUCCCUUUUCUUUACACACCUGUACAAGUCCUAGCCUCUCCAUGAAGUGUUUUGAAAUGAUGUUACCUGGGUUUGAAUUCUUGGCAAUAGUCUGUAUCACCUAUUUGGAAUUAAUAUACUAUCGUAGUUGUUUUAAAAAAUCUUUUAUUGCUAUGUGAAUCUUUGGUUAUUCUAGUUUUAACAUGCUUGUUAUGGGAGUUGAGGGAGCAUGCAUUAUACUUUUCCAUGCUCCUUAGAAUGUUUGUACAUGCCAGAUAAUAAAUACUGGUUGAUUUUUCUUUUUGCUUUGUCAUAAAACAUUUUUUACCAAUGUAUACCCACUCCCUUGUGCCACCAAAAUCCAUAAAACAAAACAGAAGCUUUGAUAAUUCAAAAGUGUAAUAGCACAUACAAGGGGAAUUAUAACUCUUCUGUAAAUUAGUGUUAAUUUGUCAAUAAUUUUUUUUUCUUUUCCCUAUUUUUUAAAUUUAGAAAAUCUGCUUGGUGUAGUGCUAGUAAUUUUUAUUUUAGAAAAUUUUAGGCCACUGAAAGCUGUAAAUGUGAUACUUUUCUGCAAUGCACAUUCUUGUUUAAGCUAAUGGUUUUAAUUUGCUCUUCUUAAUUAGCCAGCUAUAAACUGUAAGAAAAUAUUUAGGAGAAAAUGAGCAAGAUGAUUAGAUAAUUUCCAGAAUCCCCCACCAUUCUGUUCUGGGGACUUCUGUCUUAACACUCAUGACACUAUGUCAUGAUCAAAGUCCACGUCUAUCAAUACUGGUAUAUGAACAAAGGGCUCUCAUUUAAGAAAAACAUUAAUGUAUCUUUUACCUUCUAUUAGUUUUGGUGGGAAAUUUGGGAUAUGGUUUUCAUAAAGAAAAAAAAUAAACUUCCAGAUAAUACCCAAAACAGAAGCCUUCAGUACAACUGAUUUUUUAAUUUUGUAAUUUAAUUUAUUAUUAAUUUAUUUAAAAAUUUUUAUUACAUGAAGUAAAGUAUGUAAACCUUAAGUUUAUAGCUUGAUGAUUUUUAAAUAGAUAACUGUGUAACCACCAUCCAGAUCAAGACAUGAACAUCUCUAGUACCCUAAAAAGAUCCCUUGUCAACUCGCAGUCAACACUCUCCUGUUAUUCUGCCCUCUGUAACCAUGGAUUAGUUUUUCCUUAUGCCAACUUUAGGGAAAUGGAAUCAUACCAUAUAUAUUCCUUUUUUGUCUCACUUCUUUUACUCAACAUUGUAUUGCAUGUAACUAUAGUUUGUUUUUUUCAUUGCUAUGUAAUAUUGUAUGAAUGUAUAACAAUUGUUUAUCUGUUUUAUUGUGGAUUGAUAUUUAUUUCCAGUUUUGACUUACAACAAUAAAGAUG